AUGGAGGCUCUUAGCCUAACAGACGAAGAGCAUGCAAGAAAGCUGGUCCAGGUGCAUACAUUGGCCCAAAACAUUACAACUCAGAUGCAAAGAAAUGUUCCAGGAACAUUUGGCAAGACAUUUUCUUAUUACAGCAUGCUUUUUGGGAAAAUAACAGAAGAUAAUGGCAAUGUAUGCUUUGUUACAAUUGAGAGGUGUCUAGAGGGCAGCUUUACCAAGUAUAUCAACAAUACCGGCCAGAUUGCUUCAACAAGUACAAGCAGUGAUGACGUCAUCAAGAAAGCAGAAACACAAUGUAUUACUCCUAUAAAGUGAGUCAAGGUGAAUUUUUACUUGUUUCAGAAACAGGUUAUCAACUGUACAAACCAGAAAUACCAAGUACAGCAUUAACAAGUGAUGUUGGUGGGGCAGAUCGGUUGAAUUUCUGCAUAGGUAACCUAUCUACCCAAGCAAUAGAAACAUUUUUUAAAAACCAGAAGUGUUGUGUUUAUUGUAUGAUGUAACAUACGUCAUAGCAGAAGUAAAAUGGACAGAGCACGUUGUGGUUGUCUUGAUAGUGUACAAAAAUGUAGGGUAAAAAUAUAUAUGUUGUUUUGUAUGGUUUUAUAUGCGAUUGUUUUUACCGUUUCGAUGAGAAAUACGAGAGAAGUAGUACAAGUAAAGAACGAUUAAUACAUGGCGCCCAACGUGAAACAUAUAAGUUAUUUAUUUGUACUGUUUUGAGCGAAAAAUUCAGUCAAAUGUCGAGGGAAAAUUUAGAGCGACUUCGCGCCAAAAGAGGCGGUUAUCGCGGUGUGACAACCAAGCUUAUAAAAGAAUCACUUGAGAUUCUUGAGUCAACCGAUGUAGAUAUUCAACGAUGCGAAGUUAUUUCAAAACAACUUGAAGAUAAAAUGACGAUUUUAAAAGAAUUAAACGACGAAAUUCUUGGUAUAUGCGAAGUAAGCGAGAUAGAACACGAAAUCGAAGAAGUGGUGGUCGUUAUUGACCGAAUUCUCAACACGAAAAGCAAAAUCGAAGCAGCAAAGAAGAUGCCAAAUGUGGGAAACGUUAGCGUUGUCACAUCACCAACCAUUAGUGCCACAACUCAAAUCGAAAACAACUCAAAUAUGAGUGAAAAUACAGGUAAUUUAGCGACCAACAGUGAAAAUAGCGUGACAGAUAAUAGUGUAAACAGUGCGAGUAUUGUUGACUCUAAUACAAGUAAUAUUGCAACGAGUAAUAUUAAUACGAACACGAGUUCGUGUGCCAACAUCGUUGACAUUGCCGAGACUGCCAAAGCUCGAACUUCCAAAAUUUAGUGGGAAAGUUACUGAGUGGAGUUCUUUUUGGGACUUAUAUAACACUGCAAUACAUAGCAAUACUAGUGUGUCUAAAGUAAACAAGUUCAAUUAUUUAUUUUCCUUGCUUGAGGGGAAUGCUGCACGUUCAAUAAAGGGACUUACACUUACAUCUGCCAAUUAUGAUGCAGCAAUCGAAAUCUUACAAGAAAGAUUUGGCAAAACACAGCAAAUUAUAGCUGCACACAUGGACCAAAUCUUGCAAAUCCCAGCAUGUUCUGAAGGCCGAACCAGACAGUUAAGAUUUAUUUUUGACAAUAUAAGUGUGCAUGUUCGUGGACUUGCAUCACAGGGAAUUGCCACUGACCAAUAUGGUAGCUUAUUGAUCCCUGCAAUCAUGUCCAAAUUGCCAAGCGAAAUUAGGUUGCUUGUAGCACGUAAAGCAGCAGAUGUUUGGAAAAUCGAUGAUUUGCUCAAAACUAUAAAGUCAGAGGUCGAAGCACGAGAGAUGAGGAAGAUGGCUCGCUCGAAUGCAAGUGAGAAACCCCCCAACAAAAAACAGGGCUCACUUCCAACUGUGGGUUCAUUUGUCGUGACAAAAAAUGGCAAGGACGGUGAAGAUAGUUUUAAGGUUAGAUGUGCAUUUUGUCAUGAAUUACAUUAUUCUGCAUCCUGUGAAAAGGUAACAGACAGAGAUAGUCGAUUGAAACUUUUGCAGGAUUCAAAUUGUUGCUUUGUUUGUCUAAAGAUAGGGCACCGUGCAAAUACGUGUGAUACCACAAAGAAGUGUCGACAUUGCUCUGGACGACACCACCAAUCUAUUUGUAAUAACCCUAGCAAUAACUGUCAACAAUGUGAUGACAAGAAAGUCCCCGAGAACCGAAAUUCUAACAAAGGUCCCGAAGGUUCAGACCCUCCCACUACCGCAGCUGUUACCCAGACAACCAAAGGAAGUGUUUUGUUGCAGACCGCCAGAGCUACUGUAUCGAAUUGGUCAAGAUUAGUUCCUGCCCGUAUAUUGUUUGAUACCGGAAGUCAAAGGUCUUACAUCUGGAAGUCGCUUCAAAAUCGAUUAAGGUUAAACCCGAUUGGCAAAGAAACCCUUCAACUAAACACCUUCGGCGAAAGCAAGUCUAAGCGAGAAAACUGUGAAGUGUUCAAGGUAAACAUUGCGAACAAGAACAAUGGCGAAAGUAUAGAAAUUACUUCAAUUGGUUUUCCAACGAUUUGUGCACCCCUUCCCGCUAAGGUAAACAUAAGCAAAUAUUCCUACCUCGACAGUUUAGAACUUGCAGAUUUCAAUUCCUGUGAUAGCAGUAACGACAACGACAGUAUCCAUAUUCUUGUGGGUGUGCAGAUCAUUAUUGGGAUAUAGUCACUGGUGAUGUUAUUCAUGGAGGAAAUGGCCCAACCGCAGUGAGCAGCAAAUUGGGUUGGCUUUUAUCUGGACCAUCGAAGCAACUUCAGUCGAACAGCAACACAUUCAGUAAUCUCAUCUUAACAGGAGAACAAUUUGACAACUCUAGUACAGCAAGUGAUCAGGAUGAGCUAACUACUUCGUUGAAGCGUUUUUGGGAGGUGGAGAGUGUUAGCAGCGAUUCCAUCGACCACGAGAUCGCACCGAAGCAACAAGAUUUUGUUCAAAAUAUUCGAUUCACAGGAGCACAAUAUGCAGUUGGCUUGCCAUGGAAGGGCAAUGAUCACAACAUCGAGGACGAUUAUGAACUGUGUCGUAAUUGGUUAAAGUCGCUGCAUCAAAAAUUGCAAGUAUCUCGAUGAGUACAACCGAAAUAUUGAAGAGCAAUUGGCUACCGGAAUAGCAGAAGAAGUUCCUCCAAGCGAUAAGGAUCAGAAAAACAUUCACUAUCUUCCACAUCACGGUGUCAUUCAAAACGAUAAGGCCACCACCAAAUUAUGUGUUGUGUAUGACGGAUCAGCGAAAACGGAAACGCAUAACUACUCACUUAAUGACUGUUUGCUUACUGGUCCCAACCUCAUUCCACAAAUUUUUGACUUGCUUGUAAAGUUUAGGCAAAACCCGGUUGGAUAGCCUGCGUAGCAGGCGGUAUUCGCGGGCACGAGAGAAUGGGAAGCUUGAAAUACCGCCUGCCCAAAAACUACACAUUCUGAGUUCUCCCCGGCAGCUGGGUGCCGGAGCAUUCUGAUUGGUAGCCUGCGGAGCAGGCGGUAUCUGAUUGGGCAGAAUGUUGAUUUUGAAUUUUUGAUUGACAGGAGUACAGAAUUAGAAUAAUUAGUGCUAAUUUUAGAAGUUACUGUUGCCGUAUUUAUAAUAUAAACUAUUGUUAUUUUCGUAAUUGUACCGAUAUAUCGAGUGAUGGCAUACACUAACCAAAAGAUAACGAAUGUAUUGAGAAUUAAGCGUUGAAUUCUUUAAUCUUUAUCUGGAAUCGGAAAUCGCUUCGUCUUGAAGAAUGAACAACUAAUAUCAAUCCAACAUUUGUUGCUUGAAGAUGUGAUACCGUGAUAAAAGUGCAGAUUUGAAGAUACAGGCUCGUAAAUGACACUCUAAGUCGUGUUUUUGAUAGCGAUUGGAACAAGCCUAUUACAAAGUUACGUCUGAAGGGGCGGCCGAAGUUGUGUUCGGCGAAAGGUAUGGCUAGUCUAUAUUUUUGUUCAGACAAUUGCGUAAUUUGAUAUUAAAUACACGAACUCGCUUGACUUUCAAAGCUCAUAAAUCGCUAUAAUGUUGACAUCGACUAAAACUAUCGCUAUGAAUGAGGACAUAUUGUUACACUGAAUCGAACGUGGUAUUUUUGUCUUCAUAGCAAUGAUAGCAUUGAAUGAACCGAAGAUAUGAAACGUCAAAGCCGUAUAUUUGCACUGGUGUAAAUACGUGAGUUUGACAAAUAAUUAACUGAAAAUAAAUACAUUACUGUAAGAUGGGCGGGACCAUGCGGUGGGCGGAACUCAGAAUGUGUAGUUUUUGGGCAGGCGGUAUUUCUAGCUUCUACCGCCUGCUACGCAGGCUACCGGUUGGAUUGCUGGCGGACAUUGAGAAAGCUUUCUUAAUGAUCGGAAUCAACGAGGAAGAUAGGAAUAUGCUAAGAUUUUUGUGGUUAAAGGAUGCUAAAGAUCCACAAUCUGAAAUUCUGAAGCUUAGAUUUUGUCGGUCAAGUCAACGAUUGCAAAGGAAUCCACUGUAACGGUGAAUUGCAAGGAGAUGCACGUAAGCAGUGGGAUGCUUUGAUAUCAGAGCUAGAAUUCCUUAAAACGGUCCGAGUGCCAAGAUGUUAUUAUCUUUCUAAUCAGAAUCGUCUUAUUAUGCUAAUUCACGGAUUUAGCGAUGCGUCCGAGCGUGCAAUUGGUGCAGUUGUCUACACGAGAACAGUUUACGAGAACAGUCGUGUUGACGUGAAAUUAAUGGCAUCGAAAACAAGAGUUGCACCUGUCAAGAAGCAAACAAUUCCCCGUUUAGAACUGAUUGGUGCAACAUUACUAGCAAAGUUAGUAAGUUCGGUGUUGAGUGCACUCGAGUGGAAUGUGGAAAUAUUCUAUUGGGUUGACUCAAUGACUACACUGCACUGGAUACGAAACAGUCGUAUUUGGAAACAAUUUGUGCAACAUCGAGUGAACAAAAUAAGAAGUCUUUCACCUGUGGAGGCUUGGCGUUUUUGUCCAGGAUCCUUGAACCCGGCCCAUUUGCCUUCACGUGGCAUUUCUGCUCAGGAACUUUCGAACAAAUCAUUAUGGUUUAACAGACCCGAAUUCGUAGUUAAUGACGAAGACCAGUGGCCAAAAUGUCCAGCUACUAAUAAACCAGAACCAGAUGAAGUAUUGCGAGAAGUUGCUAAACAACCUUCGAAUGUCGUACGAUCACUUGUUAUAACGAAUGACGAACAGUCCACUGAAUUUGAUCUUAACAAGGUGAUAGAUAGCAAUCGUUUUAGCUCGUUGAGUAGACUUCUUCGUGUCACAGCUUACGUGUUGAGAUACAUUAACGCCUUGAAGAAGAAAUGGACACAGGAUAAGCACCCAGUAAAUCGAAACCUGGAACAGUUGACUGCAAGUGAAGUGAAACUGGCAGAGUUGUUGUGGAUAAAGUCCAUUCAAAGCUUAUCAUUUGAUAAGGAGAUUUUGUUCAUCAUUUCGAGAAAUGCGAAGUCAACUCCACCAGUUUAUGUGAAUCAAUUUGGAUUGUUUCUCGACGAUGAUCAUGUCUUAAGGUGCAAGGGUAGAUUAAACAAUGCGUCAUUGAACCUGGGGAGCAAAAAUCUAAUUUUGCUUCCAAACAAAUCAAAGUUUGUCGAGUUAUUAAUACGCAAAGUUCACGAUAAGAUUAAACACAGCAGACUACGAGACACCUUGACGACUAUACGUGAGCAUUUUUGGUUAUUACGGGGUCGUGAGGCAGUGAAAAGAGUCAUCAAGAAAUGUGUGAUUUGUCAAAAGGCCGAAGGGUUGCCUUAUGGAGCUACAGCGCCUCCAGCUCUUCCAGCUAGCAGAGUAUCAGACGAACCCCUUUUUACCAACGUUGGUUUGGACUUCGCGGGACCAUUGUUCGUUCGAGAGAGUCGUGAGCUAGAGAAGUCGUCGGAUAAUUCGAGUAAGGUAUAUGUUCUAUUGUUCACAUGCGCAUCUACAAGGGCAGUGCAUCUUGAACUUACCCCAUCAUUAAGUGUACCAGCCUUUCUCAGAGCAUUUAGAAGUUACGCAAGUCGAAGAGGUUUACCCGCUCUCCUCAUAUCAGAUAAUGCGAAAACAUUUCGUGCAGCAUCAGCAGAGAUUCGAAAAUUGUGUCGUGCCGACGAAGUAUUGCGGUAUCUUACGAACAAUCAAAUCACGUGGCAGUUUAUCGUAGAAAAGGACCCUUGGUGGGGAGGAUUUUGGGAGCGAUUAAUUUGA